UGACGCAGCCGGGGGAAAGUGUGAGGAACGAGAAAGGGUGUCCCGUCGGCACUAGCACAGACUGCACAGAACAGCUGCAGCCUAAGUUCGCACAGAAUUUCACGGCAUUGCAAGUAGUAGACAUAUCAUUUUAUCCCAAAACCUAUAGAAUAACGUUCACACUAACCAAAUAUUAAAAUGGUUGAUCGCGAGCAGCUGGUGCAGAAAGCCAGGCUGGCUGAACAGGCUGAAAGAUAUGAUGACAUGGCAGCUGCCAUGAAAUCGGUAACAGAGCUGAAUGAGGCCCUAUCUAACGAAGAGAGGAACCUCCUGUCUGUGGCCUAUAAGAAUGUGGUGGGGGCCCGCCGUUCCUCUUGGAGGGUGAUCUCUAGCAUCGAGCAGAAGACCUCUGCAGAUGGAAAUGAGAAAAAGAUUGAAAUGGUUCGGGCCUACAGGGAAAAGAUUGAGAAGGAGCUGGAGGCUGUGUGUCAGGACGUGCUCAACCUUCUGGAUAACUACCUGAUCAAGAACUGCAACGAGACGCAGCACGAGAGCAAGGUAUUUUACCUGAAGAUGAAAGGCGACUACUACCGCUACCUGGCUGAGGUGGCCACAGGCGAGAAGAGGGCCACCGUCAUCGAAUCAUCAGAGAAGGCUUACAACGAGGCCCAUGAGAUCAGCAAAGAGCACAUGCAGCCCACCCACCCCAUCCGCCUCGGCUUGGCUCUCAACUACUCUGUGUUUUACUACGAGAUCCAGAAUGCCCCUGAGCAGGCCUGUCAUCUGGCCAAGACCGCCUUCGAUGACGCUAUUGCUGAGCUGGACACCCUGAACGAGGACUCCUACAAAGACUCAACUCUCAUCAUGCAGCUGCUCCGAGACAACUUAACACUGUGGACAAGUGACCAGCAGGAUGAUGAGGGAGGGGAGGGUAACAAAGAUUAAUAAACCACACUUAGAAAAAAUAUAUAAUGAAGGGCCAGUGGGCUUUGGUAGCCGCUUUUGCUGAUGAUCGUACCGCAGCAGUUCUUUAUUUUUCCAUGUGUUAAAAGAAAAGAAUCAAAAGAAAGGUGAGAGGGGAGGUUACAUCUUAGUUUAAUAUAUAUAGAAAUAUAUAUGAAUGGUUGAAAGGGCUGCCAUCUUGAUUUUCUCUUUGACGUUUGCCAAAACCACUGAAAUGUCAGUCAAUCCGCCUGAAGUGGUCGUUGUUGGAUUGGUUUGGCAGCCUCACACUGGCAUAAGGACUGGUGUCGUUGUACCAAGGGAAGCUGCUUAGUUAGGUUUAUGCAUGAUAGAGAUGCAGACACUUGAGGAAGGGAAAAAAAAACACUUGAGUGAGAGUGCCUCACAAAAAUAGCUUGCAAUGGUUCCAGUACUAGUUUAAAGGUCAACUCGGCCACUUUUCAACCUCAUAUUCAUUAUCUCCAGCACCAAACCAGUGUCCACAUAUGUGAAACUGCGCAUUUCUAUGAUCUGUGGUGCUACAAAAGGUCCUGCAAAGUGCUUCUCUGUGACAUCACGAGUUUCUAGCCAUUAUGAUAUAUAAUAUCACUCACUCUUGAAGGGAGUGCAGGAAAGCUAAAAGUAUUAAUAUGACCAAAUCAACUCCAAAAAGUACAAUGCAGAUGUUUUGUAAAGGUUAGUUGUUUAUUGUAAAGUUAAUGCCAAUUAUGGCAAUGAGGUAAGGAGAAAAUACUUAUCAAUUUCCUCUUUCACAUGACUUCUAGUUUUAGGCGAAUUUGGCAUUAAAUCCAAUGUGACUGUCCUCUGACUGCUCUAAAUAUGAUACUGGAACCAUAGCUUUACCUCCAAUAGAGUCUAUCUAAAGGCAGAGACCGUUUAAAACAGAAACCAGAUCUUAAAGCAGCUGCAGAGUUUGUGGUUUACUUCUGUGUUUGUUUUAUUAAAUGCACUUGCCUACUAUACUGUUUCUUCAGUGUAAGAUGAUUACUACAAUAAUAUCGAUUAUUCAGUAUUGUGCAUGCUGGUGAUGUAUUGAAACAUACAGUAGCUUGACUUUAUUAACUUAUACUGUGGGUGUUAAGUAUUCAUAAGAUUGAGAAAACAUAGGCUUUGUCUGAUUAUUUCUUAUUUAUAACUUAUUCUUAUUUUGUUUAUAUUUGCUAUACCAAAACGGUGAUCGUAAAAAUGUAUAUGUUAUGAGCAUUGCUAUAGUGGCAUGCAAUAUGUAUUUAAUUUGUUAAUGGAAGAAAAAAAGUGGGAAAAACACCAGUGAUCGCUUAAUCUUACCAGCUGGUGUUUGUAACAUUAAAUUAUAAUAAUGGCUUUGUCACAUUAAAUUAUAAUAAUGCAUUGUAAAACAAAUACUUUGUUCUUUGAACUAUAUUUGAGUACUUAUUUUGUCAUGUUAUUAACCCGUUUGAACAAUGGUGAAGUUUUCAGAAUCUGUGUUUCUGUUAUGAAUUCACAACAUGGACCACAAUUUAUUUCUGACAGUAUACAUUUUUUGUUUGUUUUUAUACCUUUUAGCUGUUCCUGAGUGACAAAUAUCUUGAAUGUGAGUCAUUAUGUAGCAGUUGCACAAGAAACGAGCUAACUAUGAUAAUAAAAAAAGAAUAUGACAAAACGAUAAAUGCACCAUUUCCAUGGUGGUCAAGUGUAUUGUUGUGAUGUCACUAAUAAGUCAACUUUUGCUUUUUAAAGAAAAGUAUUUAAGAUAGAAUGUUGUAACCUCUUAUGUGCUGCUAGUAUGCUAUUCUUGUGUGUCUCCUUUGCCACUUCAAAUAGUUGAUUCAGCAUACUCCAUAGGCAUCCUCAAUAACCAUGUAUGCAAACAGAGAAUCACAAGGACACACUAAAAACCCACUCGCGCUUUUAGAUCUACACAAACUUGUAUGACACCAGUGCAGUGAGUGCACAUGUCUGCUCAUGCAAUGUAAUGCAAACGCUCGUCCAAUAAUAGCUGGCGUUUAGGACUUCAGGUUGAAGCAAACAGGGAGAGUCAUUUGUCAUACACUGUUAACAUUAUUUACCACCGAGGGCUGAAUGUCCCAACUGAAUGAUUUCCACCACAACAAAAUAAUGGAUCUAAAUGAUCUAGGACUUUAACAGCGUCACAAAUGCCACCCUAUUCCCUAUAUAUUGCACUACUUUUGAGCCCUACCAGAGCCCUAUUGGUCUUGGUCAAAAGUAAUGCACUAUAGGUAAUAUUGUGUCAUUUGGGAAGCCACCUAUAGUCUUUAACCCACUCUGUACAUCUCACAUCCUCUGAGCUAACCAUGUAUCCAAAUAUAUAUUGCUGAGGAUGUGGUUCUCUAUCUUGCUGCUAUGCUCUCUAGAUUUUAUUAGAUGUAUUAUCCUGAUCGUAAUGGGCUAAAACUCAGCAAAUUGUAUUUUUUGGUGUCAGAUAUUAUCACUUGCCCUGGCAAACCCAAACACCUUGAGGUGUGUCAGAUUUAGAUAUUUAUAUUCAUAAGCCUACGGUGUUACUUUAUGCCAUUCAUUUAGUGCCAUCAACAGAGAGACACUGUUAUACCUUCCAUUUUUGCCAUGCUAAUCUCAGAACCGUUAACACAUGUAAUUUAGUAAGUACAGUUAACACAUGUAAUUAAACCUGGUACUUAGUUAACUUACAUAUUCCCUUCUGGGUCACACGGCGACUUUUGAACACUGUAUGUUACUUUUUCCAUCGGUAUGUCAACGCAGGUAGCGAGAGUGAACGAUUCAGAUGACUUUGCAUAGCAUAGAAACUUUAAACUCUUAUCAUUUGUUUAGUUUCGUUUUUUGGACACAUCAGAAGGGAUGGUUCAUACACUAAGAACAUUUCAUUCAUUGUUUUGAUAUACAGUAAUGUUUAAUUUAAUUUCGUUUUUUUGCUAUUUUGUUUGUGUUUAUAUAUUUAACUGUAAUUUUGUUUGACACAGAUCCUUGUGUCUGUGCAUUUAGGGUGAACAGUACUGUAACAUGUAUGUUCUCUUUUCUCUGAAAUGGAAUUCAACUUCAAUAGAAUCAAGUAAAGGGUUGGCAGCAUGGCUAUACAACAGAACAAAUGUAGACUGAAGGCACACAAUCUUAUCAACAAAUCGAUUACUAUUAAAAUGGGUUUAAUGAAUCUGUUGCUCAUUCAAGCUAUUUGUUUGCCAGUAUAUACAGUAUACAUUAUUUAUUACAGUAGAUAUUUAUUAUUGUCAUUCUGAACUACCAGCUCAUUCACUAUACUUCAUCCUAUAAACUCAGUUCUAAAAUGUU